UCCAGCACUGACCAUGGGGCUCCGGUCCAGGACCGUCGCUAGCGGCUCGGAGGAGCAGAAGAAGCAUUCCGGCGCUCCUCCCGGGGACUUAUUGGACCAAGGCACCGGGGGAGCGGAUAAGGAUGGCGCUCUGCUGCUGGUGGCUCCGGGCCGGGAAGACUUUAAGCGGGGCUCUCAGGGCAUCGGCAUCGGGCUGCUGGCCAAGACCCCCCUGAACUACACCCGGCCGGCCAAGAGGAAUAACAUCCGCAAGAGGAAGAUCCAGAACCUGCUGUACGACGCGCUGGAGAGGCCGAGAGGAUGGGCGCUGCUCUACCACGCGUUCGUGUUUUUAAUUGUUCUGGGCUGUUUGAUUCUGGCCAUACUGACAACAUUCAGGGAACAUGAGAAGGUGUCUGCACACUGGUUGGUUAUACUGGAAACCUUCGCCAUCUUCAUCUUCGGGGCAGAGUUUGCACUGAGGGUCUGGGCUGCAGGAUGCUGCUGUCGCUACAAAGGAUGGAGGGGGAGGCUGAAGUUCGCCCGCAAACCUCUGUGUAUGUUAGACAUCUUCGUGCUGAUCGCCUCGGUGCCGGUGGUGGCGGUGCGGAACCAGGGCAACGUGUUGGCCACGUCUCUGCGCAGCCUGCGCUUCCUGCAGAUCCUGCGGAUGCUGCGCAUGGACCGGCGAGGAGGAACCUGGAAACUGCUGGGCUCGGCCAUCUACGCACACAGUAAGGAGUUGAUCACAGCCUGGUACAUCGGCUUCCUGUCUCUGAUCCUGGCGUCUUUCCUGGUGUACCUGGUGGAGAAGGACGACGUCUCCAUGGACAUGUCCAACCAUGACAACCCCACGGCUCAGCCCAAACCGCAGGACUUCGACACCUACGCCGACGCUCUGUGGUGGGGACUGAUCACGCUGACCACCAUCGGCUACGGGGACAAAACCCCAAAGACCUGGGCUGGGAGACUGUUAGCCGGCACUUUUGCUCUGAUUGGAGUGUCCUUCUUCGCUUUGCCUGCAGGUAUUCUGGGUUCAGGCUUGGCUCUGAAGGUCCAGGAGCAGCACAGACAGAAGCACUUUGAGAAGCGCAGACAUCCGGCUGCCGGACUCAUCCAGUCUGCCUGGCGAUAUUAUUCCACCAAUCCAAUCAGGGAAGACCUUAUUGCCACGUGGAGAUUUUAUGAAACUAUAAUAUCUCUUCCCUGUUUCAGGCAAGAUAACUUGGAGGCCAUGACGAGCCAGAAACUGAGUUUACUGGAGCGUGUUCGCCUCACCAACGCGCGUCCGUCGGUGGGGAUGGGUAAGAAGCUCACAGGGAACACCGACGCCAUCGAGGAAAGCCCCUCCAAGGAGCCUAAACCCGCCGGCUUCAGUAACCGGGAACGUUUCCGCACCGCCUUCCGCAUGAAGGCCUACGCACUCCGCCAGAGCUCCGAAGAUGCCGGAGCCCUGGCAGAUCCAGCCUUAGAGGAGCGGGGCUUCCCCGCAGACAUCCUCAUGGAGGAAUCGAUCCCAACACUGAAACUGGUCAUCAGGGCAGUCAGGAUCAUGCAAUUCCUCUUGAACAAGAAGCGGUUUAAGGAGACUCUGAGGCCUUAUGAUGUCAAAGACGUGAUCGAGCAGUACUCUGCUGGACACCUGGACAUGCUCUGUAGAAUUAAAUACCUCCAGACAAGGAUCGACAUGAUUCUUGCCCCUGGACCCCCCCUCACCCCCAAACACAAGAAAACUCAGAAAACACCCUUUGCCUACCCGCCCAAUCAGUCACCCAGGCAUGAGUCCUACCUAGCCAAAGCCGCCUCCAUGCCAGAUGCUGAAGACCAAAGCAUGAUGGGUAGAUUUGUCAGGGUGGAGAGACAGGUGGAGGACAUGGAGAAGAAGUUGGACUUCUUGGUGGACAUGCACAUCCAACACACCGAGCACCUGCAGGUGGACUCUGCCGGCGGUGCCCACAUGACCCUGGAGACCUGCGACCCUACAGGGGGCGGCGAGAUCCGACGGGUUUUCUUCAACUACGCCGAGGCGUUCCCACACAUGUCGUACCAGGUGCCUGUCAGCAAGGUCAACCCGUAUUAUGGCAGGGGGGACAGAGGAGGAGGGGAGGCGGCGGCGUUGGCCGGAGGAGGCCGCUUACCUCCUGAUCACCAACCGCCGCCAUCACACCUCCACCAACGCCACCCUCCGGCCGCCAUCCCCACCUACACCGAGCGUCCCACCGUGUUGCCCAUCAGCUCCCUGCAGGACUUAUCAGCGGGGCUGGGCAGGACCACAGGGGGGCGGGGGGGCGACUCGCCACUCUCCAUGCUCUCGGUGAACCACGAGGAGCUGGAGCGCUCGCCCAGCGGGUUCAGCAUCUCUGGGGAGCGGGAAGGGGAGGAAGGGGUGAACUUAUCGAUGGUGGCAACCGGGGACGCCAGCUGGACGAGAGCCAGACCGAGCUACCUGGCGGAGGGGGAGACAGACACGGACACGGACCCCUUCACGCCUAGCGGGGGGCCCCUGCCGCUCUCCUCCACGGGGGAGGGAUUCGGUGACGCUGUGUGGAACACGCCGCCCUGAGAGGAGGCGAGCUCGUCUGUGACCACACAGAAAUCCACGACUCUUGAGUUAAGACCUUAAAAUCCAACCCAUGCCUCUAAACCCAAACCAGUUUGGGUCAAAGCCACACCUCUGGACCGAACCAUUAGGAGUAAAGGUGGGUCUACUGUAAUCCGCCUUGAUGCUGCAAGGUCGCGAGCGAGGUCAUCGAGAGGCCGAUCUCAGCAACCGACCGCCGUCCAGACAGAGAGCCAUGGCAUCGACUGCCCAGGAAAAAAAAAAGGGAAACCAGACAGUUUGUAAAGUAAAACUCUGUACAGCGCACUCUUCGCAAAAAUUUAGCUCAAAUUAAAAAAAAAAGAACAUUAAUAUACAUACUAUAUACACCCAAAAGCUUUAUCGCUGCAAAGCCAACCGCACUGCAUGUAACGCAUGCGAUUUUUAGUGUAGACACUGCAAAGUUCAGGAUAUCAGGAAACGGAAAAUGAGAUUGAAUGGAUACAUAUACUUGCUAUGCCAUUUUGUAACACUUAUUUUUUUAUAUGAAUACAUUUUCAUUGUUUUUUGCAUGGUUUGCAUGAUAGUGCACCAUCCUAGGGGGGGGCGACGGUCGGAGGGUGAUACUGGAACCAAAAGUCUCCUGUCUCUUUGUUUUGUAUGUUGUUUGGCGAGUGUGUGUGUGUGUGUGUGUGAGAGAGAGAGAGAGAGAGAGAGAGCG